CGUCACUGAGCGUUUGACAGCAGGCAGAGUAAAGAUGGCGUCGUGUCGGACUCCGCAGCUCCGCAGCAGCGGCCUCCCCGCGGCUCUGGUCGUGUUUCUGGGCUUGUUGAGCGCACUGAGCGCGGGGAGCUGUGACGAGCAGGUGCCGCUGAUCCUGUGGACGAGUGAAGGGGUCUCUGCUCCUCCUCUGUCCCCCCCCACCGGGGGGCACAUCGUGGGGCAGCAGCAGCUCGCCAGCUACCUGGAGAACGCUCUGAACGAGGGGCCGAGAAAUGUGGUGCUGUUCCUGCAGGACAAGAUGAGCGUAGAGGACUUCACCAUGUAUGGAGGAGCGUUCGGGAACAAGCAGGACAGUGUCUUUCCCAACCUCGAGGGGGCUCUGAAGUCCUCGUCCUCCCCGCUGGUGCUACCUGCCGUGUCCUGGCCGGCCUCUAAUGCAGUGAUUGGUCAGCUCCAGGACCAAUUAGAAACCUCCCCUCUGUACAUGGACCCUGAGACCCUGAGUCAGCUGAGACUGAACGCCUCCUCUCCGGCCCUGCUGGUGUUCAGGCUGCCCUACGGCGUCGGGGCUGAUCUGAUGUCUGCUAAAGAAAUUCUCAGUGGAAAUGACGAGGUGAUUGGUCAAGUGUUGAGCGUCAUGAAGACCCAGUCGGUUCCAUACACGGCCAUUUACACAGCCCUGCGCCCCUCCCGGGAGGCAGCGUCCCUCUCCGUGGAGGCCGGUGUGGGGGGAGGCCGCUCACUGCUGCAGGCCAGAGGAGGACACAGGGAGAGGGAGAGAGAGAGGGAGAGGCAGCGGAAGAUCAAGGAGAAGGCGGAGACCUAUGGUCCGGUGGAGUUUAAGGAGGGGGAGGACACCUGUAUCCUCCUGUGGGCCAAAGGCCUCUCGGUGAGCAUCCUGCGGAGCGGCCGCUGGGAGGAUCACGACCUGACCCCGUCCACCUUCGGAGAGGGAGUCAGCCCAAAGCUCCACGGCUCCAGCUGCGACAAAUCCAGAGCAAAGUUGGUUCUUAGUUAUGAAAACGUCCUCGGCCACAGCAGCUUCAAACUGAUCUUCGCUAUGAGCCAGCGUCUGUACAAGGUGUCUGCUCGCCGCUGGUUCACGCUGGACGCCGUGGAGCUGGAGUACGAUGGAACCAGAGCCAGGUUCAACGGCAGCCGGAGCGUCUACGCCCCGGCAGAGUUCUCGUUCCGCUGCGAGUCCGUCACCAGCUUCCGGUGGCCGCUGCUCGUCCCGCACUCGUCCAAAGAUCCGGCCAAUCAGUGGAGGGUCUCUUUUGAAGAUCUCCAGAUUCAAGGCUUCAACGUGUCGGGCGGUGAGUUCUCGUACGCCAGCGACUGCGCCGGCUUCUUCUCUGCUGGCAUCUGGAUGGGCCUGUUGACCAGUCUGCUCAUGGUCCUGGUCCUCACCUAUGGGCUGCACAUGAUCAUGCAGCUCCACACGAUGGACCGCUUCGAUGACCCCAAGGGCCCGGCCAUCUCCGUCCCCCAGACAGAGUGACGUCCGUCCUCCUUCCUGUCCCCCACCCCCCUCACUGCAAUGCUUCCUCUCCCUCCCUUUACAUUCCUCUCCCCCCCCCUGUAGUUGGGCAUUACACAGCAUCUAGUGAAGUUGUCAGAAUAAGAGUUUACUCAUCAUACAACAUGUUUUAAAAUGUGUGUCCUGAGACUGAAGAUUCCAGUUUCCAGGUGGUUGGUGUUCGAGUUUCUCUGGAAGAUAAAAACCUGGAGGAAACCUCUGAGCCGCCGACUGAACUAAACCAAUAUUCAGUUUGUUGAGCAGUUAGUGAUUUAGUGAUUUCUCUCUGAGGAGCUGCUGUGAAACUUCAAAUGUUUGAAUCAAAUCAGAAACAUGUUAAAAAUCUCUCGUCCUCCUGAAUGAGUUCUGUGUUGAUUCUGUAAAUCUCUCCAGAGCAGUGGAACAUUUCCAAACAUGGCCGAGUGUUUAUCCUCCAGAGAAACUUGACCACGAGGUCUCAGACCUCCCUGGAUCAAUACGUCCGACAUGAAAAGGGAAACAACUGUACAUAGUGGGUCAUAAAUAACUUAUAGAAGUGAAAAGUAUUAUGAAAUGCUAUUUAUUGACGAGACUACCGUCGUUUGUGUGUGUUUACAUUGUGUCUGUGAGUGAACCAGUGAAACGUAGUUAUUGAAUGAAGGGAAACACGAUCAGAACAAAUGAUCCAUCGAUAAUCUCCAUUACAUUCCGCUAAGUUUAGGUCAAAGGGACGAACUCGUGACAUUCAGAUUUAUUUUAUUUAUUUAUUGAAGAACUGAAUAAUCCUCAUGGUUUUCUUACUUUUCAACAGGAACUUUGUUUCUUGACUUAAACUGAUGACGUGCACUGAAAUAUGAUAAAUGUGAACUUUUAAUUUAUUUUGUGUUCUGUUGAAUUGUGGUGAAUAUUAAUAACAUGAGGUUGUGAGUGUGGUCCUGUGUCGUGCUGCUGCUGUGACUCCAAUAAAACAUCUGUGAAAACAA